AUGGUGGACCGCGUGGAAUGCUCGGGCGUCUACAUCGACGACCGGGUUCGGUCGGAGAGAUGGGUGCGCAGAAGCUCCAUUGACGCCUCGACCGUGUCAUCCGCCGGCUCCUUCACCCUACCCGAGGAGCCAGACGCACUGCAGGCCGACCUGGACCAACUGUUGGACGUGUGUAAAAAGAUAUACCUGUGCCAGAGUGGAGCGUCCUUUGCUACAAAACUCGCCGAGCUGAGCGAUCGAUCCGGCAGCGACUGUACCCCGAUAUUCGCCUUCUUCGGUAUCGAUUUUAAUAGCGACGAAUCGAGCGUCGCCCGCCGCAAGGCUAGUCGAGCGUCGUGGGCAGACAACGGUCCCCCGUCACCCGGUUCCAUUCAGCGCACCUUCACCUUUUCCUCGCAUUCGGACGAAGCACCCGGCGUGGGCCUUUUAUCAGGCGUCUCAAACGAUAUUCAAGUGCAAGGUGGCCCGAAACUCGUCAUUCCCAUCGCCAUUCUGCGCGUUCCUCGCUCGGAUGCGCCCGAGCCGACGAGUGAGCCGCAGAGUAAGACCCCGGUCACUCUAGAACACAAGCAGAUUGUGCGGUGCCUCGAUGCCGGUGCUAUCGAUGUCUUGACGACACCUCUUGAUCGCUCUAGGAUUCAGGGCCUUGUGGUCCAUGCAUACCGAUAUCAUCGGUCAGCCCAAAGGGAGAUGUCGCGAUUUCUGGCGCACAAAAAGAAUCGGAAACUCUCCUGGGUUGGUGUUCACGAUGAACAGCCGUAUGCGUAUCUGAGAGAGGCAAUGGUGUCGAAACUCAUGAAAGGAAUAUGCAAUCCGGAGGAGAUCAUUGAUGAGUUUCAAGAACGGGAAAUCCGCGUCGGACCCGACCGCGAAGCUUUCAUCAAAGAGCAGGUUGGAAGCUGGAAGUUUUCUGGACACGAUUUCUCCGAAGAUGAGCUGGUUUUGGCAGCUUGCGAGAUCAUUCAGCACGCUUUCAACUUGCCCGGAUUAGAACAGUGGCGAUUGACGCCCGGUGAAUUGCAAACGUUCUUGCUCGCUUGUCGUGCUGCCUAUAAUAACUUCGUCCUCUACCACAAUUUCCGCCAUGCGAUCGAUGUGUUGCAGUCAGUAUUUUGCUUCCUGCUUCACAUCGGCGCCCUUCCUCCUUACGAACCGAUUGGCCAAAUCUCUACGUCAAAGGCUCCCAUUGCCUCUCUUCUCUCCCCAUUCGACGCCCUCACUCUACUCAUUUCCGCAAUUGGCCACGAUGUCGGCCACCCGGGAGUCAACAACUUCUUCCUCGUCAAACUCAACGCCCCUUUGGCGCAACUAUAUAACGAUAACUCCGUCCUUGAGGCGUUCCAUUGCGCCGCCUUCUCCCAGAUCCUUCGCCGUCACUGGCCUGCAGCCUUCAAGGACAAGCAGCUUCGCAAGCUCCUCAUUAGCUCUAUCUUGGCCACUGACAUGGGUGUUCACCAGAAGUUCAUGCAGCGAAUGGGAUCUCUGCAGGAGAAAUACCACGAGAACAACAAGUCGGUCGAUGGCUGGAAACCUCAGGAUGUCGAAAUGUAUAAGACCCUUGUCUGCGGUUUGUUGAUCAAGUGCGCCGAUAUCAGCAAUGUGGCUCGGCCCUGGAUGAUUGCAGAGAAGUGGACCCAAAUUCUGCAGGAAGAAUUCGCCAACCAAGGUGAGAUGGAGAAGGAGGUCGGGAUGGAGACCGCGCUUUUUGGCGGACCGCCUGAGUUGGGCAAUAUCUACAAGCUGGCCACGGGCCAAAUUGGAUUCAUGUCCAUCUUCGCCCUUCCGCUAUUCGAGGGUGUUUCCGACCUUCUUCCCCAGUUGCAAUUUACUGCCGAUCAUAUUCGCUGCAACCAAGCGCAGUGGCAGCAGCAUGCCAAUGAUGAGCUGCGGAGACAGGGGCUGCCCGUUGAAGAUCGGGCAGAGAGCGCGGUUUCUCCUCGUUCUCAAAGCCCUCAUACUAAGGCAAAUGACGAAGAGAGCACCCCAAGGGCCGCCCUGCAACCUGUGGAUGACGACCAAGAGGACGUUUCAUCACCGGAGCCCGAUGAAAGCACGGACUCGCCUGAUGGUGCCUACAACGAGAACACGAUCGAGCCAGUCGUGUCACCUGAUACACCGGGUCCUCAAAUCGAGAUUACCGGCACGCCUUUUGUUUCCGAUGUCUCGUCAAGAAAGUCGGCAAGCGCUGUGGCGGGCGCCAUGCCGGAUCUUUCAUACUUUUCUAUCCCCGGUGCCCCACAAACCGCCCGAGGAUCCGUUGGAACAAAAUAUCAUACCUCUCUGGCUGAUUCGGCCCACUCUUCUGGAGACCCGGCCGUCUUAGCCGCUGCUCUAUAUGCUAACUCAGCUACCAAUGGUGGCAAUGCCAUGAUGAGCACCGCAGGGCAUGAAUCUAUCCCUGAAUCUAUUUCCGAGAGACCGAGCAGCUCCCGUCAAGGGGCCCCGCCGGGUCCUCCGCGUCACCACGCGCAUCACAGUUCCUCUGUUCGCACUUCUGCCCUGUCGGGAUCGAACCGCAACAGCUGCACGCGAACUCAGAGUAUCAGCGCGUAUAGCAACAACAUGACACCGAUCUCACCCGCAACCAAUGCCUCGAGCUUUUUGGCCGUGGAUAGCGGGGAUGAGAAGCGUGUGUCAGAUGAUAGUGCGCCUCAGAGCGAGAUCGGUGGGCCAGACGACAAUAGCACGCGCCCUAGCACAUCAUAUGCUUCGAAUAUUGGUGAUCAGGAGAGCAGCUACAGCCGUGGCCAUAGUUCCGGCGUGGAUGCAGCUCAACCCCAGCCCGAGAAUGGGCACCACAAAGACUUUACUCGGACAGACAUCAACGGCACUCGGAGCCCGACUCAAUCUACCACGACCGGCGAGAGUAUCAAGAAUGACGCCCCGCAGGAAACACACCACAACGGGGAGCGUGGUGGUCUGCACAGGCUCACAAAGCGCCGGAGUCGCAUUCGGCUUGCUUUCUGGAAGCGUCGUAACCACCAACACGAAGUCCACGGCGAAAGCUGA